AUGUCUAAAGUUCUCAGGACAUCCUCGUUGGGAGAAAUCCGGGGGAAGGUCGGAGACCGCGUGGUCCAGUACCUUGGAGUCAAAUAUGCGGCAUUGAAGAACCGAUUGGCAGAACCAGAGCUUGUGGAGAGCCGUGACGGAGAGAUCCUGGAUGCUACCAAAGAUGGGCCAACGACAGUGUCGCCUCCCGGGGGGUGGGACAUGGAAGUAGCCCAUAUGCAGCACGCGCUCCCCAAGAAAGAACUUGCCCAGUCUGACGUUGACUGCUUAAACUUGAACAUAACCGUGCCGGAAGGCACUGUCGCGUCUCCGAAUCUUCCGGUGUUCGUGUUCAUCCACGGCGGCGGCCUGAGUGUAGGAGCGAACUCGUGGCCGCAGCUUGACUGUGCGCGGCUUGUCAAAUUAUCAAGCGAGAAGAACGUUCCCAUUAUUGCUGUGUCAAUGAACUAUCGAGUGGGUGUGUUCGGAUUCUUGACCUCCGAGGAAUUGCGCAAUGCAGGAUACAAAGCCAACAAUGGUCUUCGCGACCAAAUAGUCGCUCUCCGAUGGGUGCAGAAGCACAUCCGUGGCUUUGGUGGUGACCCAGAGAAUGUGACGCUCUGUGGCAUGAGCGCUGGAGCUGCGUCGGUUACAUAUCAUCUACAGUCCGACGCCCAGCUUUUUAAAAGGGCCAUUGUAAUGAGCGGCUCUUAUUAUGCUACCUCCCCCAUGCCCUUGGGCGCCCAUGAAGCGAAUUACAAGAAAGCCAUUGAAGCGUUGGGACUGGCGGGCCAGUCCCCUGAGGAGAGAAUCAGGGUCUUGCUGGAGACUCCAGGGCCUGAAUUGAUCUCGAAGUUCCCUCCACAUAUUGUGAGAGUUGCACCGGCUAUUGAUGGUGAAGUUGUUCUGCCACUUCAGUCACUCGCGCAGACUGCUGAGGGCAAGGCCAAUGGGUCUAAAGCGAGAGAAUAUUGCACGGAGCUGUUGAUCGGAGAUGCCCAAUGCGACACAAGUAUCCUCGCAUUUCUCAUGCCCCAUCUGAAGAAUGGCUGCGCAAAGAAAUUCCGGUCAGCCAUCAACUCAGUUCUCAUCUCUUUUCCCACGGCGGCGCAGGAAAUCCUCGACAAAUAUGGAAUCAGCGAUGCCGAAGACGACAAAGCAUUUCUGGGAAUUCUGGACUUCGCCAGUGAUGCCAUGUACACUGCACCCGUCCUAUCUCUUGCCAAGGGCUGGAACGGCAACGCCUAUGUCUACUAUUUCAACGAGCAGAACCCUUGGGAGGGGCCUUGGAAGGGAAAGACAAACCAUAUCCUCGACCUAACGUACCUUUUCCAGAAUUUCGAGGAGUUCCUGACACCCGAACAAAAAGCCGUCGGGGCCGUCUUCGCCGAGGACUUUUGCAAGUUUUGCCAUGGAAUCGCACCAUGGACAGCAGCGGGGCAGAGAGAAGACUUUACUGCCAGAGUCUACGGCCCUGUUUCUGAAGGAGUCACAGCCACAACGGUGUCACAGCCAUAUGGAGGGGAAACAGGGCGGCGAAGCAUCCUGUUCGAGUACACGGACAAGAUACCGUUGGACGAGUUCAUGAAGGUCUUCGGGGCCUUUAUGACGCGUUGA